AUGUCUGGCCGAGAGGGUGGCCAGAAGUGCCUGAAGCAGCCCAAGACGCGGGCCAGGGAGAUGGACGAGGAAGAUAAGGCAUUCACGCAGAAACGGAAAGAGAAGCAGAAGAAACUGGAGGAGCUAAAGGCGAAGGCUGCGAGGAAGGGCCCCCUGGUCACAGGUGGAGUUAAGGAAUCUGGGAACAAGUCAACUGUUCCUUGUGCCGGGGCAGUGGUGACCCUGAAUUCCAUUCCUGUGAAAACUUCUGGAUUGCCUGCUGUAACAUCUGUUGCCACCGAUAGUGAGAAUGAAGUGUCAUCUUGGAGCCUGUUGUACAUUUAACAAUAAACUUUUGUUAAAAAAAAAAUCAUGCAGUAGCUCAUCUUCUCUUUAGUUCUUCUCACUCAGCCAUUUCUACCUCAGCUGUAAGGUCACAGUAAACCUAGCCCAGAAUCCAGCCAAAGUGUGUUCUUCAGUCUUCAUUUUACCCCGAAUUCUGUACCACCUGGAAUUAAACCAACUCGUUUGGGAAAAAAAUAAUAAUAAAAAAGUAAA